AUGAACUCAGCGCCGACCCUCGCCGCUGUCGCCAUACCAAACACCAUGGACCUCGAGCUAUGCGUGCCCAAGUCAAGCUCAUUGGUGGCAGCCGGACUUCUCUGCUCUACCGGGCUUUUUGAGCCGUUCGAAGCAGAUGAUGAUUUCAACAACUAUACCGAGUACAAGCGUGGUUUUCCGCUCGUUCGGACCACUUCCUGGACUCAUCCGCCACAGACCAUCGUAAUCUUCCCUGCCGCCCUGUUCGGCCUGGACCCGAUUGAGGAUAUCCUCAUUGAGCAACCCUCUGAUCAAAAGAUACAUAUCAGUAAAGAACUCUCUGACAUGGACUCCCGGGAUGUUGCCCACUUGCCGCUACCACGUUUGGCGUCGUUGAUCAUAGGACUGGCCAGGAGAUUUUUGGACACGGGGGAUGACAUAGCCAUGAUUGCGGUUGAGCAAUUAGUGGACGGCAUGAAUCUCGACGAGGAGUGGUCAAGAAAGCACCUUGGGGGCGUAGCCAAUGCCGUUCGAUUAUUGGUUGACUCUCAGAUCGGCGGCAAGGCUUCACGGAUUGACUACUUCUCAGAUAACAAGAUCACUUGCUUCAUCAGCGAUCAGGAGGAGGCGCAGAGUGUGCGACUAAUCACGGGUAUCGACUGA